UUUCUUUAUCCUCCUACUAUUAUUCACCACUACACUUGGACCUCUACUCUUCCCUCCAUCUCUCUCUCUCAACUCCAGAUUUUCAAGCUUAAAUCAUGGCUGAGGAUCUGGAUAAACCAUUGUUGGAUCCUGAAAACUUCAACCGUGACAACAUUGAUUUGGAACAUUUACCAUUGAAUGAAGUAUUUGAACAACUUAAAACGUCUGCGCAAGGACUUUCUUCUGAAGAUGCUGAAGUGCGAUUGAAGAUUUUUGGUCCAAACAAGCUUGAGGAGAAGACGGAGAACAAGUUUCUGAAAUUUCUCAGUUUUAUGUGGAAUCCUUUGUCAUGGGUUAUGGAAGCUGCAGCAGUGAUGGCAAUAGUCCUUGCCAAUGGUGGAGGGGAGGGUCCUGAUUGGCAAGACUUUGUCGGGAUUAUUUGUCUAUUGAUAAUCAACUCAACAAUUAGUUUUAUAGAAGAAAAUAAUGCUGGAAAUGCAGCAUCAGCCCUUAUGGCGCGUUUAGCUCCAAAAACGAAGGUUCUCCGUGAUGGGCAUUGGCAAGAGCAAGAUGCAUCUAUUUUGGUGCCAGGUGAUAUAAUUAGCAUAAAGCUUGGGGAUAUUAUCCCUGCAGAUGCUCGUCUUCUCGAAGGAGACCCUCUUAAGAUUGACCAGUCAGCACUAACUGGAGAAUCACUCCCUGUCACCAAGAGAACUGGUGAUGAGGUUUAUUCUGGUUCAACAUGUAAGCAUGGUGAAAUUGAAGCUGUGGUGAUUGCAACCGGUGUUCACUCUUUCUUUGGAAAAGCAGCACAUCUAGUUGACUCCACAGAAGUUGUUGGGCAUUUCCAGCAGGUCCUUACAUCCAUUGGGAACUUCUGCAUUUGCUCUAUAGCUGUGGGAAUGGUUCUUGAAAUCAUUGUCAUGUUCCCUAUACAGAAGCGCUCAUACAGGGAUGGAAUCAACAACCUUCUUGUUCUCUUAAUCGGAGGAAUACCAAUAGCUAUGCCAACUGUGUUAUCUGUUACGCUUGCAAUUGGCUCUCAUCGCCUUUCGCAACAGGGUGCCAUUACAAAAAGGAUGACUGCAAUUGAAGAAAUGGCUGGUAUGGAUGUUCUCUGCAGUGAUAAAACUGGAACUCUUACUUUGAAUCGCCUCACUGUUGAUCGGAACCUUAUAGAGGUUUUCAAUAAGAAUAUGGACAAAGACAUGAUUGUUUUGCUUGCAGCCAGAGCUGCAAGAGUGGAGAACCAGGAUGCUAUUGACGCUGCCAUUGUUAAUAUGCUUGCUGAUCCAAAAGAGGCACGUGCAAACAUUAAAGAAGUCCAUUUUCUGCCAUUCAAUCCAGUGGAUAAGCGUACUGCAAUCACAUACAUUGAUUCUGAUGGUAAAUGGUAUCGGGCCAGCAAAGGAGCUCCUGAACAGAUCCUAAAUCUAUGCCCAGAGAGAGACGAGAUUGCUGGAAAAGUGCAUGCUAUCAUAGACAAAUUUGCUGAAAGGGGCUUACGAUCUCUCGGAGUUGCUUUACAGGAAGUUCCUGAAAAGACUAAGGAGAGUCCUGGAGGUCCAUGGACUUUUUGUGGGUUGCUGCCUUUGUUUGAUCCUCCUAGACAUGAUAGCGCUGAGACCAUCCGUAGAGCACUUAACCUUGGAGUCUGUGUUAAGAUGAUCACAGGUGAUCAGUUGGCAAUUGCAAAGGAGACAGGCAGAAGACUUGGAAUGGGAACAAACAUGUACCCCUCUUCGUCACUGUUGGGCCGUGACAAACAUGAAAAUGAAGCUCAUGAAGCUCUUCCUGUGGAUGAGCUCAUUGAAAAGGCAGAUGGUUUUGCCGGCGUAUUUCCUGAACAUAAAUAUGAAAUCGUAAAGAUUCUACAAGAGAAGAAGCAUGUGGUUGGAAUGACUGGAGAUGGUGUGAAUGAUGCACCUGCUUUAAAGAAAGCUGAUAUUGGAAUAGCGGUGGCAGAUUCUACUGAUGCUGCAAGGAGUGCAGCUGACAUAGUCUUAACUGAGCCUGGCUUAAGUGUGAUUGUCAGUGCUGUGUUGACUAGCAGGGCUAUAUUCCAAAGAAUGAAGAAUUAUACGAUAUAUGCUGUCUCCAUAACUAUUCGUAUUGUGCUUGGUUUCGUGCUUCUAGCUUUGAUAUGGGAAUAUGACUUUCCACCAUUCAUGGUUUUGAUCAUUGCAAUAUUGAACGACGGAACCAUCAUGACUAUUUCUAAAGAUCGGGUGAAGCCAUCUCCGAGGCCUGACAGUUGGAAACUCAAUGAGAUAUUUGCAACUGGAAUUGUCAUUGGCACCUAUCUCGCAUUGGUUACAGUCCUAUUUUACUGGGUUAUAGUUGACACCACUUUCUUUGAGACCCACUUUCAUGUAAGGUCCAUCUCUAGCGAUAGUGAGCAAGUGUCAUCUGCUGUAUAUCUACAAGUGAGCAUCAUCAGCCAGGCUCUCAUAUUUGUUACACGAAGUCAGAGUUGGUCAUUUGUAGAAAGGCCUGGAGCUCUCUUGAUGUGUGCAUUUGUGGUGGCUCAACUGGUUGCUACCAUAAUUGCUGUCUACGCACAUAUUAGCUUUGCUUAUAUCAGUGGCAUUGGAUGGGGAUGGGCUGGAAUUAUAUGGUUAUACAGCUUGAUAUUCUACAUUCCACUGGACAUCAUCAAGUUCACAGUUCGGUACGCCUUGAGUGGAGAGGCCUGGAAUCUGUUAUUUGAUAGAAAGACUGCUUUUACUUCAAAGAAAGAUUACGGGAAGGAAGAUAGAGCAGCUCAGUGGGUUCUUUCUCAGAGAAGUCUUCAAGGUUUAAUGGCUUCAGAGGAGUUCAAUGGCAGGCGGUCUCGAUCCUCUUUGAUUGCUGAGCAAGCCAGGCGGCGUGCUGAAAUAGCCAGACUGGGAGAGAUUCACACUUUGAAAGGACAUGUAGAAUCAGUGGUGAGGCUUAAAAAUCUAGACUUGAAUGUGAUUCAAUCAGCUCAUACAGUCUGAAGCCAUGGUAUGCAUAUGUUUAUUGUUCAAUUUUUUAAUGAAAGCAAUCCUGACCUCGGUAUUUUACCUUUACAAGAAUGAUGUUCAGAGUAUGAUCUGCCAAAUUUGUUAAAAUUUUCUAUCCAAGAGUCAUUCAAAAGUGGCAUUUGUAAUUUAUGCAAGAAAGUUCUCAAUUCUUUAGGGUCUAAAAGGUCAGGAAUGCAUAACUUUAGGUGGCUUCGGUUAAUAAUUCUUGCUAUUUCUUAGUUUGUUUCUCAAUUUUUUGAUACAGAAGAGGACUAUGUCUUUGGGUAUGCGAAUUCUUAUUUUUGUUGGUAGAAUCUUUAUGUAUAAUUUAUGCAAUCAAAAAGUAAUAAAGCUCUUUGAAACAGUUGAAUUUUC